UGCGGUAGGCAUCUAGAGUGCACUAGUGCAGAUUGUGUACAGGGCUGUAGCUUAUGAGCGACAAGGAGGACACUAGAGAGGACGAACGGAUCUUGCGAUCGGCAAGGCGCCCGAUUGCCCACUUGGCAUUCGGACCAGAGGGUGACAAGGACAUGUUCCGCCAACUUAACGAUAGGUUGCAGCAGCAGAGGAGGGCUAGAGCAGCAGAGGCUAGCCGGGCACUUGUGAGUGAAGCCGCAGCUUCAGAAGCUAUGACUACUUCUGCGCAGCAGACUACUCAGGCCGGUAGUUCAGGAUCUGUUGGGUCAACGGUCGCGCAGACUCAGAGUCAGUCCACUGGCGUAAUGGCAAGCCAGCCUAUAGUAUUGACCUCCGAUGAGAUCGCCAUACAACAAGCAGCAUUGAAGGAGGCACAGCUACAGAAGGCGUUAGGAGAUAUAAAAGCGGAGGAAGAAAGAAUGAUUAGAAGAAGAGCCAGGAUGCAACGGAGACAAGGUGACCUUAGUGAGUUAGAGGAGAUGGACCUGACGCUCGUGACUGAUGAGGGACCGGGACAAACACAGUGGGUGCCAAAGACGGCCAUCGCCGCUCCGAAACCCUUCACAGGGGAUAAGAGAGGUGAAGAGCUCGACACGUGGUUGAGGGCAGUGCCAGUCUAUGUUAGGUGUAAACUUACGUUGCCGCACGAAGAAGUGCUUGUGGCUGCCUCCUACCUAGAGGGUAGUGCAGCAAGAUGGUUGAGUGGUCUAGUGCAGCUCCAGGGGUAUGGUCAUGAUUUCCGCGCUUGGGCGGUCACCCAGAAAUUGGAUGAUUUCCUUAAGUUGGUGGAGGAAAGGUGGCAUGAUCCUCAGGAGGCCCAAAGGGCCACUGACGCGAUCCUGACACUGCACACGCGGCAGUUCAAGUCAGUAAGGGAAGCCACCGACGCUGUGGAGCGUCUGAUCUGGGUUGUAGAGAGGGAGGUCGUCCACGCGAUAGAGAUUAUCCCAGGGCCUAGUAUCCCGAAGGGUAGGAUCUAUCGGAUGUCUCUAGGCGAGCUCGAUGAGCUUCGUCGACAACUCAAGGAACUCGUAGAGAAGGGGUGGAUCCGGCAGAGUGUCUCUCCUUAUGGGUCUCCAACAUUAUUUGUACCUAAGAAGAAUGAGGGAACUUUGAGGAUGUGCAUUGACUAUAGGGGCCUUAAUGCCAUCAUUGUUAAGAAUAGAAAGCCCCUACCGCACAUCGACGAUCUGUUAGAUAGAGUGCAAGGGUGUCGGUACUUCAGUAAGAUAGAUCUAAAGUCCGGGAACCAUCAGAUUGCAAUCCGGCCCGAGGAUCAACACAAAACCGCCUUUCAGAUCAGGUACGGUCUGUACGAGUUUGUGGUGAUGCCUCUCGGCCUUUGCAAUGCUUCUGGCACCUUUCAGCACGCUAUGAAUCGGAUAUUCCAUGACUACUUGGAUAAGUUUGUCAUCGUGUACCUCGAUGACAUACUUAUUUUUAGUAAGGUCGAGGAGCACGUUGCGCACUUGGACAAAGUCCUCAGUCUCCUGCGACAGCACAAGUUCAAGAUCAACGGUGAGAAGUGCGAGUUUGGCCGCACCAGUGUCUUGUACUUGGGUCAUGAGAUCUCCGUGGAAGGGUUGAAGCCCGAUGACGCGAAGGUGGCCAGCAUUCGUGAUUGGCCACGUCCUCAGUUUGUGACUGAGAUGAGAUCCUUCUUAGGAAUGACAGGCUACUAUAAGACUUUCGUUAAGAACUAUAGCAUAGUGGCCGCUCCUUUGACUGACCCGCCUUGGGAGUGGACCGAUGAGUGCGAGGCUGCUUUCAGACAUCUGAAGCAUGCGUUGACGCACUACGAGGUCUUGAAACGUGCGCUGAUUACUGAGUUCGAUCUGACGGGCAAUGUUACUCAGUCCUUGGUGGAAGCCUAUGGCGAGGACCAGUUCAUGUCUGAGAUCAUAUGCAGACUUGAGGCGAAGGACAAGAAAACUUUUGUCGAGUUUGAGUUGGUCAAUGGCUUGUUGUUCCUUGAGAAGGCAGAGAAUAAACGAUUAUGUGUUCCUAAUAGCGAUUCUUUGCGUAGUUUAUUUUUAGGUGAGUGUCAUGAUGCCACCGACCAUUUUGGGUAUAAGAAGACCGCAACCAAUCUGCUGCAGCAGUUCUGGUGGCCCAUGAUGAUGCGAGAUGCACAGUUGUACGUGGAGACUUGUCAGGUCUGUCAAAGAGACAAGUCCUGUACUCAGGCUCCUCUUGGGCUACUGAAGCCCCUUCCGAUUCCGGAACGGCCUGGUGAGAGUCUGUCAAUGGACUUCAUGGAUACUCUAGUGACCAGCAAGAGUGGGAUGCGACACAUGUUCGUCAUCGUGGAUAGAUUUAGUAAGUAUGCUAGGUUAGUAGCAAUGUCAGAAACAACAAGAACGGAGUAUGUGAUCAGAAUGUUCAAAGAGAACUGGGUUAGAGACUUUGGGUUACCGAAGUCUAUUAUUAGUGACAGGGAUGUCCGAUUUACCAGCGAAUUGUGGAAGCCCGCUGCCGCAAAGCAGGGAACCCAGUUGCAAAUGACUUAUGGGAAUCACCCAGAGGCCAACGGCCAGGCCGAGCAACUGAACCGCGUUGUACAACAUCUGUUGAGGCAUUACAUCAAGCCCAAUCAGGUGGACUGGGAUGAGAAGCUUGCUCUCAUCGCCAGUCUGUACAACAAUGCGGUACACAGCGCCACCGGGGUGAGCCCGAACAGUUUGCUAUUGACUUUCAAGCCUAGACUACCCUUAGAUUUUCUCCUUCCUGAGAAUCRGUCAACUGCUGCACCAGUGGCUGCUGAAGAGGAGGACGCCCCCACUGCUGUGCGCGACCUUGCAACCGCAAUGGAACAUGCGGCCGACUUGGUCGCCACCUGCACAGCGCAGCAGGAGGACAUCCUCUGUGUGGACACCCUGGUCAGGAAGCAGGCUCGACUUAUCGAUGACCUGCUUGACCGGGUACGCCGACUGGAACAGCAGCCUGCAACAGCCACCGUCGUCGGGCCCUCCAACUUGGCGGAUCACAUCAAUGUCUUGGAAGUUGACGUCGGGACUCUCAAGGACGGCGCUCUAGCGACAAAUCAGCGGAUUGACCAGCAAAUUUGUGCUGCCGCAGCAAGUCCGACCGCGACUACUCGCGACAUACCGAUCUUCUGCGAUGCAGCGAAGUUGGACCCAAUCCCAUGGUGGCACCAGUUCGAAUUGAAGCUGGACAUCUACAAAGUCAGCGACACCAACUGACACGCGUACUUAUACUCCUGAUUGGGGGGCAUGUGUCAAGCAUGGCUGGACAAUAUGUUGUCCACCCACACCGUCGCAGUCUCUGAGCUGCAUAUGCAGAUCAGUUGGCCUGAUCUCAAGGCAUCAUGGCAUAAGCGGUUCCAAGUGGAGCCACCCGAGCUUCAGGCAGCUGAGAAACUUCAACGGUCUUCAAACUGUAAAAGCACGGACUGGAUAACCAAGUACCAACGCUUGGCGUCCACGCCCAACUUGUCGUCGACCUUUAUAGGCAUCAAACACUUCUUCAUCACGAGGAGCUGUCCGGCGUUGCAGAACGCC